CCUACUGUGAUGACACUCCCACUGGCAGAUGUGCCCCUUGCCCCCCCAGAACCUACCAGCCCCCUGUACAGUACACUGUGUACAGGUGUAUACCCCACAGUUUCUGUGUUGUGUCUCCGCUGGACCAUGACAUCAACGAUGGAAGGACAGGAGUUGUCAUCAGGGAAGGGAACAGGACUCACGACACGGUUCGCGAGUGAGGAUGGAAAGUACUGGAACAUGACAGAGCGGGGAUGUCGGCAGAUCACCAAGUGCAAAGCUGGAGAGGGGGUCUCCAACAUAGCUGUGGCCAUGUAUGACACCAAGUGCACGCCCUGCCACCCCGGGACGUACUCAGACCAGCUGUCUGCGACCCAAGUCUGCAUGGUGUGUACCGACUGCAGGGCGCUGCAGAGAACAACACUCGAGCCCUGCACACCGGGACAAGAUACCGUGUGUGGGGCCAUACUCAUUCCUGCUACAGGGCCAGGGGAUCUCCAAGAGACGUCACGGCCCAAGGACAACUCCCGCAGUGUGCCAACCGCAGAUUCUCAGGAACCACAAAAUAACUCUCCAGUGACAACAACAGAAGCCAUAGGAGGGAAGUCACGUCGGCCUGUUGAACUAAUCCACCAAACUCAGAUAGCCAUGAUUGCUGGAACUACUGUAACAGUAGUAGUACUCCUUAUGGUAGCUGUAGCUGUUACAAUCUUUUGUUUCUGCAAGAAGAGGCGACGAAAAGCAGCAAGCAGCCGACAGGCCAGACCAGACCCAGAAGGAGGGUCUCAGCUGGAACAUCUGAUGACUGUGCCAAACAACACAGGGCAGGAAAGUGAUGCUGGAGAGGAGGAGGAAGAUGAGGAUGAAGAGAUGGACCCCAAAGAAGCUGUAUCAGCUGCCGGCCAUCCAGUUCAGGACACGAAUGACCCAAAGGGAAAUGAGCGAGAUCUCUCUCUUAAGGAAACUAACGAUGGUCUAGAAGAAAUCCCUACCAGACCAGAGGGGGCAGAAGGGACAACUUCCCUCAAAGAUGCUCGGUCUCCAGUCCAGGACACGGAAGACCCAGAGGGAAAUGAGAGAGAUCUGAACACAAAAGCAGAAGAGGACCUGUACAAGGAGACACCGGUGUAACCUCAGAGAGGCUGCUGUAUCCUGUCUUCCUGCAGUUACAUCAUGGACAUGGACUCUUGGUAUUUGGGCAGUAUUU